AUGCCAUUAAUACAAAAUAUUUUGCAACUUAAGUUUAGUCAUGGAAAAUUGAAGGAAUUGAGGCAGUUAACAAUAAACUCUCAAGAGACACUGUUCAGACUUACAAGAGUAUUAUUAAAAACUUACGUAGCCUGCGUAUGGGUGUGCGCUACUUUGUACUUAUGCGGUCCGAUUUAUAUGAUGUGCAAAAGAAAUGAUAAAUCACUACGUUUGCUUGCGUUCGACAUGUGGUUUCCUUGGGGUUUGGAAAACUUCACCAUAUAUGUUGCUUCGUUCUCGUUCCACGCAUAUGCCGGAUACCUGUGUUGUAUCGCAUAUCCAGGUUUGCAGGCCACUAUAAUUUUAUUAGUAGGACAGAUAAUACGACAAUUAAAAAUUUUAACAUUCAUACUUUUGAAUUUGGAUAAACUGGUCGAGGAACUGGUGGACGAGACAGGAGAGAAGUGGCAGACGGAGUGUACCUUGGUGUUGUCCCAAUGUAUUGAUCAUUUUGUGAAAAUGAAAAGAUUUGCCCAUAGGCUGAAUAUAAUAUGUCAGCCAUUCUAUUUGGCUUUGAUAUUGGUCGCUAUUAUGCUGGUCUGCGUAUGUUCUGUGAAAAUUGCUAUUUCGGACAAAUUAUCACCUGACAUAUUAAAAUACUACGUUCAUGAGUUUUGUUUCAUUCUUGUGGUAUUUAUGUUUUGUUUUCUGGGACAACAAGUAGAUAAUGAGUGCGAGAGAUUAGAAGCAGCCGUAACAGAGAAAUGGUACUUGUACAAUUCAAAACACCGAGUCAAUGUUCGUAUUUUCAAAAUGGCUCUCAGUCAAAGGAUGCCUAUUUACAUUUUUGGCUCGAUAACGCUUUCUUUGCCGACGUUUACUUGGCAUCGUAUCCUUGAAAUAUCGGUCAAGUACGGUCGCACUUGUGCACCUAACGAUCAGUAUUAUAACGAAAUCUUUGAG